AUGCGACAAGAUUCGGAUGAAAAACCGCUAGAUGAACAAAUUGAAAAUUUACAGGUUGGUUCAAUUUCAUAGAUGUUCUAAUUAAUUUUUUUUAUUCAGGAAACAAUAUCCAAAUUAAUAGUUGAAAAUGAAAACUUGGAAGUGAAACUAACUAAUCUUACUUUCGAAUCAAAUGAUGUUAUAAGUUAUCUCAAAAAACUUGUAGAAGAAAAAGAUGACGAAAUUGCAAGACUUGAAAAUAUGCUUGAAACUCAAAAACUCGCAGAUGAAAGAAAAUUCAGAGAUUAUAGGCAAAAUUAUGAAAAUGAAGAAAAGAAAUUGAAGGAGGAAAUUGAUCGACUAAAUUCUGAAAUGAGAAUUAUGGGUGAGUUUAGAAAUAGAAAUUAAAUUUUAAAUGGAAAUGUUUCAGACACUCAGCUCGGUAAUCAACAUCGAAUUGGAUUGGAGAUAAUUGAAAUGAGCACAAAAUUUAGUGAAUUGAAAAAAGUAGUGAAUGAUCAAGAAGAAAUUAUAAGACGAAAAGAAGCAGAGGAAAGAAGUGUGAGAAUUGCAGCAAUUGAACAGUAAGAAAUAGUGAGGAAGAUUUUGGAUAACAUUUUUUUUUUCAGGGCGCGAGCAGAUCUGAGCAAUGAAUAUGAGCAAGCAGUAGCUGAAAUUCGAGCAGAAGCUAUGUUGGAAAAUAAAGGACAUACACUUAUGAAUAAUCAGGUUAGAAAAUGCGGUAGUUUUUAAAAUGAACCUGAAGAAUCGGAACAGAUCUGAUUAUUCGGACACGAACUAUUUUGAAGAUAUUUCAACUUUUCAAAAAUUACCUAAUUCAGGCACCAAAAAUAACAACUUAACUGAAAUAUUGAUUUCCUGUAAAAAUUUCCAGGUAAUUGAACAUCUAGAAUUGGAACUAGAGAAAAAGAAAAUAGAAAUAGCAAGACUUCAGCAAAAUCUUGAAGAAAAAGAAAAAGAAGUUGAAGAAGAAGUUGAGCGAACAAAUGAAAAAGACGAAGAAAAUGCGAAAUUACGAAGACUUCUUGAAAAAAGUGGGCAAACUACUGAAAAAGCAUUACGAGAUAGUAAAAGACGAUUAGAAGAAUCUGAAAGUAAGAAAAAACAAAUACUAGAAAAAUAUCUGUUGAUUGAAACUGAUCUUAAGAAUAAGGCAAGUUCUCGGGAUCUUCUCAAACAUCUCAUUUUUCUCUAUUUUAGCUCGAUGAGGCUACAAAUACGAUGGAGGAAGCUAAAAAGAAUUCUGCAAGUUUGGAAGAUCAAUUGCUCAAAGAACAGGUUUGUUUUUUCCUUGUAUUCUUUUCCAUUUCCUCUUUUAGGAAACCAGAAAGGUUACAAUUGAUGCGCAUAAGACACAAAAUCAAAAAAUCGAAGAACUUCGAACAUUUUUCAAAGAUGUUCUUUCGGGAGAAGAAGGUCUUGUAGAAGAAGUUAUCAAAGAGAAUAGGAAUUCAGUUUUUGCGCAUUUAGCGUUAAUUGUAUCUAGAAUUCCGAUUGUAAGAUAA